UCUCCGUCAACUCCCACUUGCAAACGCCAUUCCAGAGUUAUUUCGCACAGGUCGGUACAGUUGACUUUUCACGCAUUUGUAUUCUUCCUUUCUCAACUUCUUUAUCUACUCAAUCCAAUGGCGUCAGGCCAAAAUCUAACAAUGAGGUACGACGUUUUUCUAAGCUUCCGAGGUGAAGAUACUCCUUAUUCUAUCACCGAUCAUCUCUACGAUAGAUUAUUGAGGGCAGGACUUCGCACUUUCAGAGAUAAUGAUGCAAUCGACAGAGGCCAAGAACUGAAGCCCGAAAUCGAGACCGCAAUAAUCGAAUCGAGGGCUUCUAUAGUUGUAUUGUCCGAGAACUACGCCAAGUCCAGAUGGUGUCCGAAAUCGAGACCGCAAUAAUCGAAUCGAGGGCUUCUAUAGUUGUAUUGUCCAAAAUGGAUAUUGGAUGAUGUGAAGCGGUGGAGGGCAGCGUUAACAGAGGUUGCUAAUUUGACUGGCUUGGUUCUUUCAGGGUGUACCAAAGCAUGGAAGGCUUUACCGAGCAAAAAAUAUGUGAAUCAACAUGGUGGAGGAAUUCCAGAACAGCCAUUGUUGCUUUUCUUGCCCCCGUCGUUAAGGAGUUUAUAUCUUGCAAACUGCAAUCUUGAUAAUAGCAAUCAUGAUCGUGUGGUAUUCCAUGCCCAAUCGUUAUUUAACUUGAGUUUAAGGGGUAAUCUAUUUGAGUACAUGCCUAAUAACAUCGAUCUUAAAAUGCUUCGGUUGCUAAACCUGUAUUCUUGUCCAAACCUGAAGUCUCUUCUAUGUCUCCCAAGUACGCUAGAGGAAUUGUGUAUCGAUUGGUGUACAUCACUAGAGAGAAUAACAUUCCAAUCAGGUCGUUUCAGUCUGCGGGAGUUUGGAUAUAAAGGCUGUUUCAAACUAUCUGAAAUUCAAGGGCUUUUCAAAUUAGUGCCCGUAGCAAAAAUUGAUGAAGCAGAUCUGGGUCACAUGCAGUGGAUCAAAGCAUAUCAAGAUCAUAAGGUGGACCUUGUCGGUGAUGAUAUUACUAAAGGCAGAGAUAGGCGUAUCCAGGUUAUUCCUCCUAAUUUCUUUCAAAACACCACACACAUAUACAUAUAUAAGCACACAUCUAUAUCCUACCUGAAUAUUGUUUGAUGACUAAGGGGCUGUUUGUUUACCUCUUAAUGACGCUCUUAAUGGUUCAGACCUCUUACUGGUUUAGCACUUAAUGGUUCAGACUGUUUGUUUCACGAGCAGACGUCUGAAUGGUUCAGACAUUUGCCUCUGAAUAGUUAAGAUUUAUACAGAGUCUGAAUGGUUAAGACCUCUAAUCUGAAUUGGUCAGGCAUUUGCCUCUGAACGGUUAAGCAUUAUACUGGUUCAGCACUUAACCGUUCAGAUGUUACUGGUCUACUGCAAACCCAGUGUUGAUGAAGAUGUUGUGUGGUUAAGCUACUGGCCAAUUGGAAACAUAUUAGACGUUGGUGAUGAAGUCACUAUAGAUAUCUUCUGGGAGAAAGGAAUGAUGAUAGUAAGCGGGUGUGGUGGCAGCCUUGUGUAUACAGAUGAUGAUGAUGAAAUUAAGGAAGAAGAAAACUGUGAAAAUACCACGAUGAAAGAGAAAGAAGUUAUUGGAGGAGAUCUGUCUGAAUUCGAGGUGACCACAGGAGGCUACUAUCUUUGCCGCCGUGAUUUCUUUUACUCCGAGACCUCAUAUCGGUUGAAACUGUUGUUUGGGACAAUGUUCACUAUACAGGAAAUUGUGCUGGGAGUUGGCUUUAACAGUGAAAGUGAAAUAAACAAGAUAGAGAAGGCGGUAUCUAGCGUUGAGGGAGUUGAAUAUGUUUCCACUCGCAAAGAAAUAAAACGAUUAAUUGUCGUAGGACAUGUUGAUCCUAUAGCAGUGGCAACUUGUGUAAGAGAAUUUGAGAACAUGGUUGAUAUUUUAUCCAUUAAUUAUGGUCACUAUUCGGAGUCCAGGUCGAGGAAGAGGUUACACAAUGGGUAAAGGUGUCGCCAUGCCAGUAGAUGUUAUUGCUGGUCUGGAGUUCAACCUAGCAAAGUGCCAAAGUUGAUCGCAAUAUUGUAUCAUUUCAUUAGCAGGCUAGCAUUUUCAGUAGGAUGAUGUAGUCCUACAUCAAUGAUGUAGGAGGUUUUAUAACCUAGAAAUCGACUUUGGUCUAGUUUUGAAUGUUUUUUCCGUUUUGUUUUCAAUUAUUUUUUGCCAACUCAUGUUGCGGAAGUAAAUAGGUCAAAACUGUAGCAAACCUCAAUUGGAAGUGCUCUAAAUUUAUUUCAUUUCUCUAUUUUCGUA